GAUCGGCAUUCAGUUCGAUCUGUUCGGACCUUCCAAAAUGAAGUUCAGCCUCGUUUUUAUGCUGCUCGCCUGCAUCUGGGCCCUGGCCGCUGCCACUCCUGGAAAGCCGCGACCCAGCAAUCCACGCCCCACCUCCCAUCCGCGCCCCAUCCGAGUGCGCCGCGAGGCACUGCACAUCGCCGAUCGUUUGGGACUAAUCCAGCCCGCUGUCGCUGCCAUGAGUCCCCCAAUUCGGCCGGCUUGAUGGUAUGCCUCUAAUCUCAAGAAGGGAAAAGCCCAACAAAACAUUUUUUUAUAAUUAUUUGUGUUUUGUUUGAAUAAAUUGACCCCCGAA